AUGACGCCGACACGAUUGCUUUUCCUUCUGUCCUGCCUGUUCUCUCUGGGCGCGACCGAGACUCCAUCGCUGGAGCCCAGAGAGACGAGCAAGUUGUACCAGCGACGAGCAUUCCAAAAUGCUGUAAACAUGGGCGAUUUUCUCUACCUGGAGGGUGGAGAGAAGUCAUAUUAUCUCGACUCGGGGGAGAAAGAAACAGUCAAUGGUGAACCAUUUGCUCUUGACGCUGAUGGAUGGGGUAGCAACACCCGAUAUAUUCCCCUCAACAAACGCUGGAAGCCCUCCGAGAUCGAGUACAAGACAAUCCCCUUCAUAUUGGGCCAAAAGACAGUCAGAUUUGCCAGCCUCUGGAUAGGAGGAAGCACAUUGUAUAGAUGGGGUGGCGAAUUGACUGGCGACCGGGCGUAUUCGCCAAAUGACAAGCACUUCCUGACAUUGAACCCCUCCACUAGCACCGGGGAUGGGACCUGGCAGUCCUACGGCGGAGAAGACAAGUUCAAUGGGACUGGCAAUGGAGCGACGACAUCUUGUGACGGGGUCGGGUAUGUUUUUGGUGGGAUUGCUUUCAGCGGAACGAGCCCUUCCAUCACGUUUGAUUCAAAAGAGUCGCAGUCAGGCAUGUUCAUGUUCAAUACUUCCACCAAGGGGUGGAGAAGGUCGACAUCUGAUCUCAACAUCCCGGGCGCAACUCAUAGAUCAGGCGCCGCCGUCUGUCUUACGGGAUUCCUCGAUUACUCUCUCGUCGCCCUCCUUGGCGGCACUGUCCGCAAUACGCAAACCCAGCGGUCAUUCAGUAAAUUCACCUUCUUCGAUCCGAUCGCGGACAGAUGGAGGACUCAGACUACCCAAAACUUCCCCUCGGAGCGAGAUAGCGCUUGUGCUGUUGGUGUGCGAAGCAAGUACGGGACAUAUGAGAUAUAUCUCUACGGGGGCAUUGAAAAGUCAGGAACAACGUUUUCUGAUAUUUACGUCCUGUCCCUCCCGUUAUUCAGAUGGUUCAAAGUAACACCGCCCAAUACUCCAAAACGCCAACUCCACUCCUGCGUACUCGCUGGUAAGAGGCAGAUGGUUUCAUACGGCGGCUUGGACGCCAAAAAUGGCACAGCUGCUUGGAAAAGCUCUGAUCCCUGGGCCAACACUUUGGGAAUCUUUGAUCUGAAUACGCUUCAGUGGAAGGACGAAUUUGACCCUGAUCUGGGUGAAUACGAAAUGCCAGAGGAGAUUAAGAAGGCUUAUGAUGCGGGGGCCCUUUCCAAUGUCAUAUGGGACGACGAAGAGAACAAGAACAUCUUCAUGAUGAAUUACGUUGGAACCAACACUACCAACAGCACCGACAGUUCUGGUGACCAGUCCGACAACUCGUCCUCGGGUACUCCUGUUGGUGCAAUUGCGGGAGGCGCCGUGGGAGGCGUUGUCGGCCUUGCAAUCAUCGGCCUCGCUGCCUGGUUCUUUCUUCGUCGACGCAACCAAGGAACAGAGCAGGUAGGCGAGUUUGAAGGAUCAACGGAGCUUCCAAAAGAGCUUUACGGAGGCCCGCCAGUGUCAGGGACACCCAGCAGGUCUGCCAAGUCGCCUGCUCCUCCAAGCUAUGUUGCACAACCAUCACAUAACCCAAACGAAACGUAUUACGAGCUUCAUGAUACUGGCGUUGCAUCCGAGCUUGCGAGCGACACCGUAGGCUCUCCACAAGCCACCUUCGCCUCGUUGUCACCGAGAUCUUAUUCUCGCUCCCCAGGAUCGGCAUUAUGA